UUCACCUGCCGUUCUUGUUUUCACUCCGAUUACAUCCAUCUUUUCAAGACAUGCGUUGAUGCAAAACAAGUGAAUAGAAAUCAUUUGGUGCACCCUCGCGAUGCAUGGCCUCCACCAGGAACAGCCGUCUAUGCUGCGUGUCCGUCUUCAAGCCGAUUCGACAGAGCAAGGUUAACUGGUGCUCGUGGAUGCGCCCACACGGUUAUGAAACGUUCUCCUCGAGGGAACGAAGGGAAGAUGGAUUUGUCAGUGAGAUGAUGUUGACGCUUCGGGCGAGUGAGUACCAUAUGGUACCCUCCUCCGGACUUCGGAUGGCUGUAAAUCCGUCCUUGGCUGCCAGCUCCAUAUGCCAUAUGCUGCGGGAAGACACCCGUCUAUUCAUUUGGACGCUGUUGUAAAAGGAGGCUCUGUUGCCGUCCUGCUCUCUCUCCUUCUCUCCUACGUGAUCGUCUUCGGCUAGCAUUUCCUCUGUAAU